UUGUAUUAUUGAAAAGAGAAUUCCUUACAUAAGUGCACCUAAAGCUAUUUCUUACUAAUAGUUUUCAUUAACACAUUAUUUUGUUAUGCAAUCAAAAAACACCUCAACUAUCUGCAAAUGGGCUCCAAAAAAGUAUAUAAUUGUUGGAUUCCAUUAUUAUUAUGCUAAAUUCAUGCAUAUUUUGGACACAGUCACUGAAUGAAAAUGUAUCUGCAAUGAGUAUUUUUAAUGUUUGUUUACAAUUACUCAUUACUGUCUAUCUAGUUUGCACUAAUAUUGAGCUGUACAAUUUUCUGGAGAGGUCUCACUGGUCUGUUUGCAACAUUGAAGAAUGUCCGAAGUUUUUUCAUGAGCAGUUGCAAGGUCAACAAAAUGGUGACAGAAACGAUAAAGUCACGAGCUGCAGAAGAAGGCAUUCGUGCUGUCAGACGGAAGCAAAAACGGUGAAGAAGUGGAGGUUGUUGAAACUUUUAAAGAACGUUACGAGUCUAAAGGUGAAGGAACGGAAUAUUACCCCGACUAUGAAAGAAGAAUAUGAGAGCAUAUCUUAACACAUAUGUCACGGAGAAGAGGCACCGUAAUUAAAUUGUUUCCCAGUCCCCUUAUUUCUCUGAACGGCCCUGAAUGUAUUUUUUAUUGUUGCUACAAGUUAUAAAUGUUUUCAAAUUCUUUGUUUAUCUUUUUCCUAUGACAGAUAAACAACUGUGCGACAUGCCA